AUGUGGACUUCAAACUUCUCAAAAGACAGCGACAGUGUUGUUUUCUGGGCUUUAAAUGGCUAUGGAGUAACGCCUUAUGAUCUUAUAACUAACAGUUCUAUCGUCUUUUUGGGAGCAGCCAUAGUUGUCUUAAACGCCAUAGUGCUGGAUACAAUGAUCAGGUUGAAGGUACCCGCAGAGCCCACGGACGUUAUGUUGUGCAGUACGUUACAAGGCAAGGGAGGGGGGGGUGAUCAGCGCGUCGACCAAGGCCUGGUUACUAAUUUAGUGACUGGACUGUCUAUGUUCUACUAUGCGUCCUACAACCUAACCAACUAUCAAAUCUACAUCGAGUGCUUGAUCAGACAUGGACUAACCUUCGGCCUGGUUGUCUCUUCAGUACUACACUUGACAUGUCUAACCUGCGACAGAUACAUCAAGAUUAUCUUCCCUUUUAGAUACGAGGAGUUGUGUAAAAUGACAACAGUGGUCAUCUUGUCCGCCCUGCUAUGGGCGAUGUCAGUCGCUGUGGCCAUUGCCCCGACCUUGGGCUGGAACUGCUAUGACAUGCGCACAGAUGGUCGCUUGUACACCAUUAUCCCAAACGAAUACGUUCCGGUGUGCUCUUUCUUUGGACAUCUACACAGUGGCUUUGCUAUCCUUCUGGUGGCCAUUUUUGUGAUCUCAUUCUUCAUCAUGAGCCUGCUGUAUUUACAUAUCUUUAAGGUAGCGAACAGGCAUGCACGUCUGAUAGAUGCCCAGAGCCACACUGACAGGACUACUGUUCGCAAAUACCACCACGCCUGGAAGUAUACGAAAACCGUGCUUAUUAUCAUGGGACUGUAUUUCUUCUGCUGGCUGCCUGUAGGAAUUGUCUUGAUGAUGUUUGUCUGUGGCAACCUUCGACACAAGACAGUAGUAGAACAAGGCAACAUACUCAUGUACGCCACUGUCACAGCUUAUCUUAACAGCCUCAUAAAUCCAGUGGUCUAUGCAUUGAAGAUCACAGCCGUGCGCACACGUUUUCGCAGACUUUUCUACUGUUCGCCUUGCCAGUUUGUCGUGACUAAAGGAAUUGCACUAGGAUUGUGUUCGUCGGCAACUAGAACAACUGAGAUGACAUAUCAGAAUUCUUACACCAACAACAUCGAGACGACUGCA